AGUUUGGCAACAUUACGAGAACGUUUCGGCUUGCGCCAUUCUGUAACCAAAUGUUGAGGAUGUUUCAAUAUGCUGUUGCCCUGAACACCUUUCUGUGAAACGUCCAGCGAAGCAUGGUAGAAGCAUGGGUAGAAGAUGCUUUUCUGCUCAUUGCUUGCUACAGAUGCGUCAGGUGAAACCGCAACCCUGCCAGAGACUGGGCUGGAUGAUAAGCUGGAAGAAGUAUUAUGCCCACUAUCGUUGAACCAUCGUUGAAGGUCAUACCAGCAGCACUGAAAACAGUCAAUUUUAAUGGAAUGUACAAGUGUUGUUGGGUUUUCUGCGUUGCUUGCACCAAAAACAAGUUGCGUAAAUUAAAUUAAACAUAAAGAAAAGUGUAUCGAGCUCUACAUACAGGGAGGAUUUUCCUUUUUUUGCAUUGCUCAAAUGCUCCAAUACAUGUAUGUAGGAUGUGCAAAAUUGCUGGAACAUUGCCAGCCGCGAGAUAAUACAACGCGUGUGGCUCACAAAGCGAUCGAUUUUACAGCCGGCUCCGGGCCCGGGAAGGUUGCCGCUAAUCCGUCGCCUCCCCGCACGAACAGUUGGCCCAGAGCAAGAGAAUGUGGCCAAUAAAAAUAAACCCAACGAACCGUGGGCGUGUUUGCUUGGAGGCGCCGAUCAUGUCCUUGCAUCAGGCCCCAGCAGCUGUUAACAUCUGUUUGUUUUCCUAUCUUCGUAUCGUUUUAGGAAAGUUUGUGCACAGCGAAUAGCAAACAACAAAAAAACAUGGUCCACGGCGCACGUACCUCGGCAUUGCGGGCCGCUCAAAGUGCGGGCCUCACACAUUCCUGAUUGGCGGCAACCGAGACGAAAAUCGGCAUCGGAUCGUUUUCUCCGCCAGAGGUGCAACAUGCAGCGAAUGCACCGGCACCGACGCGUGCACGACACGGCGUUUGCCGUGUCGAUUGGAUUAAGGGCUGGCGCCCGAUGCCAUGUUUUGCACACCCCGUUCCGCUGGUCAAACGCAUCGCGCCCCAACACCACGGAAAAGGGCUGCAAAACAAAGCUACACAAGCGCAAACCUGUUAACGGCGAAUGCGGACGGCUUGCUCGAACAUCCAAUUCGGUCCUGAGUGUGCCGUAUCGUAUCAUUAGAUAACAGUUUUACGCACGCGUACGGAGAGGCGAUGGAUUAGAAGUAGUAGUAGUAGUAGUUGUAGUAGCCCGCUUUCCGCCGCCACAAAAUGCGGCAAAGGGUGCUUGAGGUAGUUUUGUGUCUUUUUUUUUAUUUGCUUGGCAGGCGCAUUAAUCACCCCUUCUGAAAGACGGUGGAUGGGCAAGGCUUUAGGGAUUGGCAGCGCCACCGGUUUUACAUAAUGCAAACGUGCCAUAUGGUGCGCUCCAAACGGGGCUAAGAGCAUCGUUAAGGGUUCACGUGUUACGCAAAAGGAAGAUACAAAUUGAGUUUUAAGAGAGAGAGAGAAAAAACUAUCCAUACCGGUACUUGAAAUUCAUUUUAAUUAGCAACGAUCUAAUUGUAGCUAGCGAACCCUCAAUGGAGUAUCAAUAAGGGUAAUUUAGAAGAGAAAAAAAAACAGUACAAUGCGAAAAGCUCGAAAACAUUGUCUUCAUUCCUUCCUCUUUUAUAGUUGGCUUCAACGCUUUUCAAUUGCAUUAAAUCAUUUAAAAUACGAGAUUCAUGUUGUUAAAAGGUAGCAACAUCUCUUCAUUAACAGAAAAAAACGUUCAUUCCUAUAUGAAAUAAGCGUCCAGCGUCCUAUAGGAAAUAAGCGUCGAGCGUCUUAUAUGAAAGAUGUAAGCAAUUGGAGCAGUGGCCCACGAAAGCAUUUCCCUGGUUUAUAAAAAAAUGGGAACAGCUUUUCGUGUAUAAAAAACUACGAAAACAUCUUUUAGUGUUUUAUUUCAUAUUGUCGUUCUCUUCCAACUUUCACCAUCGCAAUAUGAAUUGACGAACGUUAUGGUCGAUUAAAAGUUAAAUCAAAAUUCAAUUACCCGUAUGUAACAAUACAAUUGUUUCUGUACGACUAUCACAUGUACAUUUGAAAAUGGACGUGAAUGUGUAAAAAAAAUUUGCUUGUUCACAAGUACAACGAUCGUCCAAUAGCUUUUUCAUAUGGAAAAAGUUAUCAAUUUGUCUAAAAUGAUAUUAUUUGUUCGUCAAGCAUUUUGAUAGCUACUAACUGUUAGUCUCGCUAACUUUUCAGUCGUUAAGGCUUUUGCAGACCAUCCUCAAAAUAUGCUCAAAAAUGUUUAUUGCGCCAUGGGAGGUUUAACUGAUGAAUCUUUACAAUUAGUUACAAUAAAAGAAAACUCGCUUGUUUGAUAUAAUUGAAGAAAAAUAAUAAUAUCUCCAUUCGGAUUGUUUCAUGUUAUCAGUAUCUAUUUAUUUUGUUUCUAACAUUUUAUAAUAUAACACACCUGUGCGACACUUUCGAUGGAUCGCAAUCCAUCCGUAUGGAUCGUUGUCAAGUACGUUUGAAUCGUUUUCUGUUACGUUUUGGAUAUUUAGCAGCUGCUACAGUAUUUUUCUUUACAGAGCAUCAGUUAAGAAACGUUGAAUUUACUUAUACACGUUAGAGUGCCUUUGUUAGGUCGAGAUCAAUCGUAAAAAUCUGUAUCAGACUAUUAUCGGCCUAAGCGAUCAAACGAAGCAAACGGGUCACAGUUAACCCCUACGCUGUUUUACCCAUGCAGUGUUCGGGUUGUCCCAACAGGAUUAUAAUAAGAAAUAUGCCAUUAAUUCUACAUAUGUAUUUCGCGUUUUAUUGAUUAUCUGCGCAUGUUGUUUGGUGUGACGUGUAAAAAACCUGUGUUUACAACAAUUUGUAUCAAUUUUGCCAAUUGCUAUUGGAUUUAAAGAGACAACCCCAUACUUGAAAGUCUUAUUAUCAUUAAAGAAUAUUAUUGUAAUUGUUUGAAUUGAUAAAUUUUCCAUCAAAUCUGUGUUUUAUGUCUAAUUAUUUUGUUUCUAACAUUUUAUAAUAUAACACACCUGUGAGACACUUUCUUUCGAUGGAUCGCAAUCCAUCCGAAUGGAUCGUUGUCAAGUACGUUUGAAUCGUUUUCUGUUACGUUUGGAUAUUUAGCAGCUGCUACAGUAUUUUUCUUUACAGAGCAUCAGUUAAGAAACGUUGAAUUUACUUAUACACUAUACUUAUAUACAUACUUAUACAUUAUCGGCCUAAGCGAUCAAACGAAGCAAACGGGUCACAGUGAACCCCUACGCUGUUUUACCCAUGCAGUGUUCGGGUUGUCCCAACAGGAUUAUAAUAAGAAAUAUGCCAUUAAUUCCAUAUGUAUUUCGCGUUUUAUUGAUUAUCUGCGCAUGUUGUUUGGUGUGACGUGUAAAAAACCUGUGUUUACAACAAUUUGUAUCAAUUUUGCCAAUUGCUAUUGGAUUUAAAGAGACAACCCCAUACUUGAAAGUCUUAUUAUCAUUAAAGAAUAUUAUUGUAAUUGUUUGAAUUGAUAAAUUUUCCAUCAAAUCUGUGUUUUAUGUCUAAUUAUUUUGUUUCUAACAUUUUAUAAUAUAACACACCUGUGAGACACUCUCUUUCGAUGGAUCGCAAUCCAUCCGAAUGGAUCGUUGUCAAGUACGUUUGAAUCGUUUUCUGUUACGUUUUGGAUAUUUAGCAGCUGCUACAGUAUUUUUCUUUACAGAGCAUCAGUUAAGAAACGUUGAAUAUACUUAUACACGUUAGAGUGCCUUUGUUAGGUCGAGAUCAAUGGUAAAAAUCUGUAUCAGACUAUUAUCGGCCUAAGCGAUCAAACGAAGCAAACGGGUCACAGUGAACCCCUACGCUGUUUUACCCAUGCAGUGUUCGGGUUGUCCCAACAGGAUUAUAAUAAGAAAUAUGCCAUUAAUUCUACAUAUGUAUUUCGCGUUUUAUUGAUUAUCUGCGCAUGUUGUUUGGUGUGACGUGUAAAAAACCUGUGUUUACAACAAUUUGUAUCAAUUUUGCCAAUUGCUAUUGGAUUUAAAGAGACAACCCCAUACUUGAAAGUCUUAUUAUCAUUAAAGAAUAUUAUUGUAAUUGUUUGAAUUGAUAAAUUUUCCAUCAAAUCGGUGUUUUUGUAUGAAUUGUUGGUAUAAUUUUGAAUUGAAAACAGAAAUGAGGGCGAGUGAAAAUUUGUUUGAUCUAUUUUUUUUUCAAUCUCACGAGAGUGUGAAAGGAUUAAAUCGCUCUUGGUUGGUUCGAUUUUGUCUUAAUCUUUGCAAAAACCUUGAAACAUGUUUUCCCUCAUUUGCCCGUUACCUCAGCCUUUGCCUCUUUUUGUACAAUUGCAGCCAUCCGGUGAACAGUUUUAGGUCUGAUCCGGUCCCACUUCAAAGCAAGAUUGACAGCAGCUCGAAAGGCUCACAUCUGUGCCACGCCGGAUAACGCAUCGCGUGAAACACAUACACACACCAAAGCGCAGUGAAUCGUUUGCCUACCGUCUUCUCCAUUCCGUUUCCCAUUCCGGAUGCAGAACGGCUGCACACACUGCUUAUGAUCGGUUGCAUGCACGAAGCGAACGACGCGCCGUGUCCUACAUGCGGCACCUACUUACUUAACCCACUCAGUAAGUCAGCAGUGUCGGGCACAUCGUCGUCCUCGUCGUCGGAGGACGAAUCCACCACGAUGGACGAUAGCAACACCACGUUCGCGGGACCGUCCGCCCGUUCCUCCUACCCGACGGCCAGCACACCCGCCCAGGACUCGACGGCGAACAGCUCGGGCGGCAUCGUCGAGGAGAACGCGGUGCUGCUGGAGGAAAACCGAAAGCUCACCCGCAGCCUGCUCGAGCUGCAAGUGGAAACGGAGCGGCUGAAGCAGCAGCAGAACCUGCUGUCCGGGCUGGGCCGGCGCCGGGACAGCCUGAGCGGGCUGAGCUCGACCAGCCAGCCGCUCGGCAGCAUGGGCCAGAACAGCCCUGCCCCAUCGUACCGGUCGACGGGAAACUACACCUCCGGCAUCGUCGCGGACGUGGUGCGGGAGAUACGCGACAUCUGCAGGGUGCGGGAGGACGCCACGUUCGAGCGGUUGCGCAACCUGCAGGAAAACCACAUGUGGUCGAUCAACGACACGCUGCAGCGCCUCGCCAAGGACGUCGACACGAUGCAGAAGUCGGUCAGUGCGGCCCGACACGACCUGGAGAAGCUGACGAGCCGGGUGCUGCAGCUGGAGAGUAUCGUGCUGCCGCAGGCGGCCGUCUGUCUGGCGGCGGGCGCCCAGCACAACCACCCGCUGCCACUCGCGCCGAUGCCCCUGUUCGGGGGCAACGUGCAGCAGGCGUUGCUGCUGCAGCAGCUCCAGCAGCAAACAAAUGCGAACCAGCAGCAGCAGCAGCAGCAGCAGCAACAGCAACAUUCCCCCCAGACGGUACCCGUCAGCUCCGGCCAGCAGUUUCACGCGUUCGGCAUGAGCGAACGGGGGCCUGCGGGCAGUGCCGGUGGCGCGUCGAUCGGCAGCCAGAGCGUAAGCAGCAACGGCGUGGGCAAACCGGGCAACGGGGGGCUGCCCUCGAUGCUGCGGCUCAACUACGGCCGGAUCGCCACCACCGAGGACCUGUUCGGUGGCGACUCGGUUACGGUCGAGCUGGGCAACGGCAACAACACGGCCGGCGGCGGCGGCGGCGGUGGCGGCAGCAGCAGCAACAGUACAGUCGCCUCCGUCCACGAGUCUUCCUCGCGCGUGCUGCUGCUGGAGAAGGGCGAGGUGGAGCUGCGACGGGACCUGCAGGACGCGAUAGCGGCCAAGAACGAGCAGUCGAAAAAGAUUGCCUACCUGCAGAAGGUAGUGAUGGCGCUGCAGAAAAAGGUCGACCUGCAGGGGACGGACACGCCGAGUCUGGGCGGCAACGGUAGCAGCAGCAGCGGCAACGCCACCAGCAACAACGGCAGCAGCAGCGGCGGCGGCAUUGGCGUGAUCGGCCCGGUCACCGACUUGUAGAUACUGUGCCAUACAUUUACAUCCUCUUCCCCCCCCUUUUCCGUGCAUAUUUAUAACCUCAUAGAUCCUCAGCGUCCUAGGGCCAAACAGGUUGUGGGAUUACGACCCGCCAGCAGCUGAAAUAGAAGCACUCAAAGCAACACGAAGGUUCACAUUCAAUACUGGCCCGGCAAACAGGACGCCACAGAGCGAAACUUCUCACGCAGUACCAGUUAGGUUAGGUUUGCAUGGCCCCCCAAGGGCCCCAUGGAGGAGGAGGAGUGAGCGAACCACCAAUUUCCAAUCUCUGCCGGGUGGAGAGCAGUAGGAUUGUACGCCCCAAACUGCGACACGAGAACAGAAUCAGAAUAUUUCACGAAUUAAUAAGUUAACACUCUUACGGGUAAACAAGAGACACGAGCAAACGAAAAAAAAACAACAAUUCGCGGGUGCCGCACGGCGGGUACUUAUGCGCGAAACUGAAUCGGACAACUAUUUAAGAGGAAAGGCGCACUGUUUUAGAUAGAAUUUACAAUGCAAACAGGUGAAACGGCAACGAUUUGUGUACCACUUGCGCCAUUUGCGCUUUUGUGCGCCGGGUUUGUUUACAAACCGCGAGCUCUCACCCGGUACGUCAUCGUGACUUGACGCAUGCCAGAACGGGACACAACACAACCUCUACUUACCUUGGCAUUGUUUGCAGAAUCGACUGUGCGUGUGAAUGUGUGUCUACAACUAGUCGGGUUGAAAUUCGCAAGCAUUCUGCGCAUGGUAAGAAAUGACUGGAUCGAGAAAAAAAACUCCUCAUAUUAAAUCGAACGUUCCAAAAUAAUAAUAAUAACGUACAACCGAACGAAGCAGACGCCCAGCCGAGGGACGCGCUCCCCAAUGCAAUGGUUGGAUUUGAAUGGGCAGUUAGAAAGGGUAUAAAUUACUAAUAGGAAGCAAAAAUUCGACCCAUUUUCUAACAGGAUUCACCCAAUGCAAGGGCCCUAUAGCAAAAAUUAUUUUUCCUACUGGCGCUCACGUUUUACUGUUAGAAAAAUGCCACCACACAAACAAAAAUUACAUCGACAGAAAGUUGCAUAAUUAUUUAACGAAGCAAUUCAGUUACACACAAAGGAAUGGCAUGGAAGUUUGUCCAAAUGUUUCUUGCACUUACAUUUUUAAUCGCCAACAUUUUAAACGACCGCAAAAUACACAUUUACCUAAGCAAUAAUGAAAACAACAACAAAAAAAACACACAUAUUUUAAAUGCCAAGAAUUGAUAGAACAUUGGAAAUGCCUUAAGUGGUUUAAACGUUUACACGCUCUGGGAAGAAUGUUUUACAAGAAAAAAGGAAACCCCCAUUUUUUAAUAUUCCAACAAAUUCGGACAAACUCUCCGAGAUCGAGUGAAAAUUAAUAUAUCAAACGCAGCGCAAUGUGUGAGUAGAAUAUUUGUAACAGCAAAAAAAAAAAACCAGCAGUGGCCUUACCAGAAAACAGACAACAGUUCCGGAGGUGUGUGUAAGCAAAA